AUGUCAGAAGGAUGCGAGAAAGAUGCGGAAAAAGUACAGAAGAGAUACAGUACAAGUUCAGAAAAGAUGCGGAAAAGGUGCAAAAGAGUUGCGGAAACGGUAAAACUCAGAUGCGGAGAAGUGCAAAAGAAAUGCGAAAUUAAUACAGGAGAGGUACCAGUGUCAGCGUAUGCCCUUUUCUUUAGAGAUACUCAGGCAGUAAUUAAGGGAAAACAUCCAAAUGCCAGCUUCGGCGAAGUAUCUAAAAUUGUUGCAUCAAUGUGGGAUGCACUAGACAUUGAACAUAAAAAUUAUUACAAAAAGAAAACCGAGGCAGCUAAGAAAGAAUAUUUGAAAGCUCUCGCGGCAUACAGAGCAUCUCUGGUAAGCAAAGGUGCAGGUGAAAAUGAACAAAAACAGCAAACACCACAGCCGCAACAACAAAUGCAAUACAGUGGAUACACAAGCUAUGCUAACAAUACUGCGCCAGCAAAUGUUUCAUAUCAAGUUUAUAGUCCUCAACAUCAACCUUCAUCGCCUCAACAUCAGCAACAGCAGCAACAACAAAUGGCUGUUAAUAAAAAGUCAUCCCAUCAUUUAGCCAUGCAAGGAAACCCUCAACAAAGCUUAAUGGGCAGUGUAAUGGCACCACUGCAUAUGACACAACAGCAACAGCAGCACAUGCAGCAGCAGAUUUCUCAACAGCAAUAUAUGCAGAUGCCUCAACAAGUACAGCAAGUGCAAGUGCAGCAACAACAGCAACAACAAAUAAUACAUACGAGUCCACCUAGAGCAGAAUUUAUAAAAUCUGAGGAUUUACCGAUGAAGUCUGAAACUUUAUCUAGUUCUUCGUCGCCAGUAAACCCUUCACAAGUGACUAUGACAGGACAAAGACCUUCACCGUGUAUACAUCAGGGAUGCCCUAAUCCUGCUAUAUCUAAUAACGAAUGGGAAGAUGAAUACUGCAGCAAUGAAUGUGUGGUCAGCCAUUGCAGAGAUGUAUUCAAUACGUGGGUGUCUUCAAAUCAAAAUUCUCAACAAAACUAUUCUACAGUUAAAUAAAAGUUCUACAAGAGAUGAACUACAAUUACUCAAUGGCCUCACACCUUAAAUGGCUCGUUGUUAUCUGUAAAGUAAGAUAUUUAAAUGAAUGUAUAUACACAUAAACUAGUGAACUUUUUAAAGUGUCAAGACUAUUCAUGCAGCAACAGAGAUACAGAGAUCAGCAUUAGAGGAUAGUUUGAAAUGUGUAUACAGAUGUGUUCUAUAUGUGUGUACAUGUUGACAAGAGAACAAAAAGGCAAGAGAAGGAAUAGAAAAAGAUAAUGAUGAAAUAAAGAUAAAAUUGUUUCUUUUUUUAGAAAAAAAUCUUAGAAUGUAUAUUGAAAAGCCUUAUCCAAAAACUUAUUUCUCUGGCCAAAGGUCUUUGUUUGUAAGGAGUACAUUACGACUUAAGUAAGUUAAAUAAGUGCAUUUAUUUUCAUUACACUUAUAGGCAGUUAAACA